UUUGUGGACACAGAGAAAGGCUGAGGCUUUAUGCCCACGUCCUGUAUCCGUGUGUGGGGUUUCUUUCCAGUGCCCUGAAGGACAAUUCGGGAGUCCCCACAUGGCAGCAAAGGGAGGAUGUGAAGGAACAGGUUAUGGGAGUGAAGGAAACCCAGCAACUGUCAAUCGUGAUCUCCACAAUCCCAGCCCGAUCCCCUGCCCCACAGUCCGGCCCCGCCGCUUCCGACGUGCAGAGAGCCGAGCGCCGCCCCGCACCCCCCGCGCUCGCCUCCCCUCCGUUCCCUGCCAGGACUCGGCGAGAGCCCGAGCGGCAGCGGCGCAGGGCUCAGCCCCGGGGCGGAGCUGGCGGCGGCCCAGAGGAGGCGGCACGGCCGCAGCAGAGCCGGGGCUCAGGGGCACAGCGAGGCUCGGCCGGCGGAGCGGCGGCAUGCGGCGGUGUCGGGGCGCGGGGCUGGCGGCGCUGGCCGCGCUGCUGCUCGUGGCAGUGGCUAGAGCCCAGGUGCAGCAGGAGACGUUCCUGGAGACCACCGAGGGCACCGGCAUCAACAUCACCUGCUCACAUCCCAAUAAACAGAGCAACGAAUACAUCAAUUUCUACCGUCAGCUCCCGGGCCAAGGACCCGAAUUCCUCGCAACCGUUUAUGGAGGCUCCAAGGAUGUGCCGGCCAUUGCAGGAAAGCUGUCGGUGUCGGAGGACGGGCGUUCGAGCGCGCUGUGGCUCGCUGGGCCCCGGCGCGGGGACGCGGCCGUGUAUUACUGCGCGCUGGGGGCCCGGCCAGAGCAGCCGGGGCUGCGGCCGGGCACGAACCGCCGCGGGCGGGGCCAGCAGGGGGCGCUGCCGCUCCGCCCGCCGCCCUCCCGGGCCGCCGCUCCGCAGCUCCUUCCUCUGCCCCGAGCCCGCAGCACCGACAGCGCCAAUGACAGAGAAAAGGCCGGCACACUCCUGGCCUGCUUGCCCUCACUUCAACUGCUAUUGCUUCUCCUCACUUCCAUCACAUCCCUGAGCCUCCUUGACGCCUUUCUGAGAAUAAAAAGCACCCUGAGUAGCAGAAGUAAUUAAAGAACUCUUACUGCA